AUGUCGCCCAAGAAACGGAGGGGCAAUAAGAACCCCUCAUCCGAGCCCACCACAGCAGCAGCAACACCUCCUCCGCCGCCUCCUGAAGACUCGUCGUCGUCGAAGAAGCUGCAAAAGACAUUACCCGUGAUCGUCGAGAAAGUCGAACACACCGCCAAACGGGCCAAGAAGCGCUCCUACACCCUCGUGUUCAUCAUUGGCGGGCUCGUGGGCCUGUUUCUCGCCGUCUUCUUUGCAAAGAGCCAGGACAUUGUGAUUGGGGACUUCCAGCUAGGGUCGUUGGUUGAUGUGAUUCCCGCGGGCAUACUGAAGGAAGCUACAGAUAUCUCGCAACGGGAGAAAGAUGUGGUGAGUGCGGAUGCGUUCCGCGUGGGGUUGGCGUUGAAGUCGGAGGGGUUGGAGGCAAAUCAUCCGGUUAUUAUGGUGCCGGGAGUCAUCUCAACAGGACUGGAGAGUUGGGGGACGGGUGAAAAGAGCCGGCCAUACUUCCGGAAGCGGCUAUGGGGUUCUUGGAGCAUGUUGAGAGCUAUGGUUACGGACAGAGCUACCUGGAAGCAACAUGUAAUGCUAGAUAAGGACACUGGUCUCGACCCGCCUGGCAUCAAGCUUCGCGCCGCGCAGGGGUUUGAUGCUACUGACUUUUUUGUUACCGGAUAUUGGAUCUGGAACAAGAUUGUAGAGAACUUGGCGAGCAUAGGUUACGAUCCAACAACCGCUUACACUGCGUCCUACGAUUGGCGACUGGCAUACCCGGAUCUUGAGAAAAGAGAUAAGUACUUCUCACGGCUAAAGACUUACAUCGAGACAUCAAACAAGCUUUCCGGUAAAAAGGCCGUACUAGUCGCGCACAGUAUGGGCUCGCAGGUGGUCCACUACUUCUUCAAGUGGGUUGAGGCCGAGGGGCACGGUAAUGGCGGUAAUCGAUGGGUGGAAGAUAACAUCGAUUCGUUUAUAAAUAUAAGCGGUUGCAUGUUAGGGGCUGUCAAGGGCGUUCCCGCUGUCCUCUCUGGCGAAAUGAAGGACACAGCUCAGCUAAAUCGUCUUGCUGUCUUUGGACUCGAGAAGUUUUUUAGCCGUGAAGACCGUGCAGAGAUUCUCCGGGCUAUGCCGGGAAUUUCAACCGGGCCAGAACCCGGAGGUUUGGAGUAUCUAUUGAAGAACUCCGACCCUUGGUUCCGGAAGCAAGUCCUGAGGAGCUAUUCCCACGGAGUUGCGCAUACCAAGAAGGAGGUUGAGGCGAACGAGAAGAUCCAGUCAAAAUGGGUAAAUCCGUUGGAAUCAAGGCUGCCAUAUGCACCGAGCAUGAAGAUCUAUUGCUUUUAUGGUAUCGGAAAAGAAACCGAAAGAAGCUACUAUUACCAAGAUAUAACAAGCCCAAUGUCGUCACUAAAUAUCAGCAUUGACACAAGUGUUAAUGGAGAUGGUAGCGAUCGCGGUGUCGUGGUUGGAGAAGGUGACGGAACAGUGUCUUUGCUUAGUGCGGGAUACAUGUGUACAAAGGGCUGGAAGAUGAAAAGAUAUAACCCAGCAGGAAUCUCAAUCAAGACCUAUGAGAUGCCGCACCAGCCUGAUAUGUUUGAUAUCCGAGGAGGGCCAAACACAGGUGAUCAUGUUGAUAUCCUUGGCCGUCAAAAGCUCAACGAGUUGAUUCUCCGCGUUGCCGCGGGUCACGGUGACGCGAUUCCCGAAAACAUUGAAUCAAAUAUUCGGGAGAUUUCCGAAAAGGUUAAAAUUCACGAUGGUGAUGGAGACGACUUCUUUGCUAGUUGGGGUGUCCCCGGUUUCUCGGGAUAA